AUGGCAUUUUGGCAGGAUAAGGACAAAAAGACAAAAGUGACGAGCGUGUCAACGAGCGAUCUGGAGACCUCUGCUAUCGAGAAUGGCCCUCCGAAAUAUAUAGCCGCCGAAGGUCUCAAUUCGACAACCGUGACCUACCAAGAUGCCUCAGGUGCGCCUGUCGAAUCUCAGUCGCCGCUCGGCUAUCAAGUAAGCUUUAUGGCUGCUCUUUGCUUGAACAUCAAUCAGAUGAUUGGGACGGGUAUCUUCUCAACGCCCGCGAGCAUUCUGUCUGGUGUUGGAUCCGUGGGCCUUUCAAUGAUAUAUUGGUUCAUUGGAUACCUUCUCUCGCAGAGUAUUCUUGCGCUUUACCUCGAAUAUGCCGCCUAUUUCCCUAGCCGAUCAGGAUCAGAAGUCGUCUACCUUGAACAAGCAUUCCCAAAGCCACUAUACCUCAUUCCGACACUUUUCGCAGCAAAGCACGUGGUCUUUUCCUUUGCUAGCAGCAAUGCAGUUGUUAUGGCACAAUACAUCUUCGGCAUCGGUGGCAUUGAAUACACAGACUGGCAAAUGAAAGGCGUGGCUGUGGCGGUAUAUACUCUGGCCUAUUUCGUGGUUAGCGCUAGCACAAAAUGGUCGUUGCGUUUUAUCGUUUGGUUUGGGAUACUGAAGAUCCUGACAUUGGUCUUUAUUUCCAUCGCUGGACUUGUUGUUCUAGGUGGACACACCCGAGUACCCGAUCCUCAAAUGAAUUGGCGCAAUGCCUGGGAGGGAUCAUCUGAAGCAACUGCCUAUGGAGCCACUAACGCCAUGGUGAAACUGAUCUUUUCCUAUUCGGGCUACGCAAAUGCUUUUGCCGUCGUGAAUGAGAUUCGGAAUCCCGUCAAAACUCUCCGAUGGAGUGCUCCGCUGUCUCUUUUCCUUGUGACGGCGCUCUACAUGCUUGUCAAUGUUGCCUAUUUCUCCGCAGCAUCAAGAGAGGAAAUGCUGGCUUCAAAGCAAAUUGCUGCAGGUGUCUUCUUUGAGAAGGUUUUCGGGAAACAUGGUGCCACUAGUGCCUUGGACGUACUCAUCUGCCUUUCGGCAUUUUCCAAUCUGCUGGCCGUUUUGGUCAAUUACUCUCGCUUGUUGCGGGAGACGGGCAGACAAGGAGUUCUGCCCUGGCCUAGAUUCUGGACUUCCGUGAAGCCAUUCGGUACUCCGAUCGGCCCGUACACGGUUGUUUGGGCACUGACCAUCAUCAUGAUUAUCGGGCCCCCUGCCGGCGACGCCUUCAAUUUCGUCGUCGAUCUUUCCACAUAUCCCACAAAUAUUUUCAACUUCCUCUUGGUGGUUGGAAUUAUGCUCAUUCGCCGGCGCAGAAAGGCAAUCAACCUGCCCAGGCCUGAAUAUCGCGCAUGGAAUAUUGCUGUCGGAUUUGCCCUUCUAGUUACUGUAUACAUGCUUGUCGCUCCAUGGUAUCCUCCAUCAACUGGCGCAACUGGGGGUGAUGUGAGCUUUUGGUAUGGGACAUAUCUCGUCGUUGGAAUUGGACUGCUAGCUCUCUGCGUCUUUUAUUAUUACCUGUGGAUUGAUUGGAUUCCCAAAUGGAAAGGGUAUGAAUAUCGGCAGAAGCUUGUGGGAUAUGAGGACGGUUCGAUUGCACACCAACUUGUCAAAGUACCCAAAGCCGAAGUGACCAGCUGGGACAAUGGUAAUAAUUAUUCAGGUCAUACUCAGGGGCGUGUCUAG